AUGAUUCCCAUAUCCCAACUACUUCAAAAGCUAACCUUGAGAAAGUCGAGAGGAAUUCUACUCGUUUUCGGGUUGAUACUAAUACAUGUUCUUGUCGUAUCUUACGUACAAUUAACACCGAUCAAACAAUACAUAUCAAAUACCGUCAAUGUAUCCAAGCUUCGAAAACUAUUAGUCGGGCAAGAUAGUUAUAAAGAUCUUGCGUUAUUUGAUGAUCAAGUGAUUGAUCUUAUAUAUAGUCAAGAAAAACUUUUGAAAUUACAAACAAGCGAUGGCACUUUUGACUCCGAGACUCAGCAGAAACUCGACGUUGCUGAGCAAGUGUUGAAGGAAACCACAUUCACCAAUGACAAGUCAUUUGAAGUUGUCAAGAUCCCCUCUAGGGACCAAGUACCUCAAUUUCAAAAAUACGAUCCACGAUUCACAUUUGGAUUGUUAUUAAAAUACAUCAAUAGCGAACUAAGUAAUCAAGAGAAGAAACAAGACUUGACCAUACCGUUUUUCCACUGGGCAGACUAUACUGAUAUGUCAGUAAUGGAAGAGUACUUGUUUAUGCCCGAGAAACAAACUUGCAAAUACUUUGAUGCUACGAUAGACACAGCAACAAAUGAGCAGCAAAAGAUUUUCGAAACUAAGGAUUAUUGUGUUGAAGAUGACGAGAUUGAUAGGAUUUUACAAGAUGAAGAAGCACAAAAGAGAUACACUACAUACACCAUUGAAUCAUUCAAGAGAAUAAAGCAAGAACGAGAGGUAUUACCAACAUUAACCACUAAUUUUCAUAUAUACAAUAUUUCUGGAAGAAAUAAACGUGCAUUGAGACCAAUCAUUGCACGUUCAUAUCUUUAUGACUUUAUGCCCUUACCAUUGUCAUUGACAUUUUUGUUGCCAGGCGAUAAGUCGAUUCAAUACAAUGUCAAUCAAAAUGAGCGUAAGAAGUUGAGAGAUUCAGACUUGUUACAAGAGGGGGAAGUAAACAUAAAAGGUGAAAUUACAUCAUUUGCUGACAGAGUACCAAAACGUAUCAACGGUUUACCAUAUGAGAAACAUCUCACACACGAUCACUUUGUCGACAAGACAGCACAAAAUAUGUUGACGUUGGAAUCACAAAAAGAACCACUCAACCAAACAGACCAACAUUAUCUCAAGUCACUUCGCACAUCAUUGAACACCAAAGAUGCACCGAAGUAUUUCCAUGAGGCAAAUAUCUUGAAAAGCGAACCCAAUUUUGGACUUGGAGGUCAUUAUGACUGGAGGUUCGUUAAUGGAAUCAUUAAUGAUACACCACAACAAGAAGUUGCAAUCAAUGGAUUACUCAAGGCGUUUCUCAGAUUGACAAAUCAAUACGAUAUCAAUACCUGGAUAGCUCAUGGAUCGUUGUUGUCCUGGUACUGGAAUGGUUUACAAUUUCCAUGGGAUCCUGAUAUCGAUGUACAAAUGCCCAUCCAAGAUUUACAUAAAUUGACCCAAUUGUUUAACCAAUCAGUAAUUAUUGAUUUUGGUAAUGAUUUAGACAGUGAGAUGAGAUUCGGUCGAUACUAUAUCGACUCAUCUACAUUUAUAUCCCAUAGAUCAAGAGGUCAAGGAUUGAACAAUAUCGAUGCUCGUUUCAUUGAUUUGGAUACUGGACUUUACGUUGAUAUAACGGCUUUGGCAUUGAGUACAGAACCAGCACCUGAUAGGUACAACAAGUUGUUGGCCGGCACGGAAUAUGAUCGUAACAGACACAAUUCACCUGUUAGCCAAAAGGAUCGAAAUGCAUUUUUGCAAAUUUACAAUUGUCGAAACAAGCAUUUUUCCCAGUUUUCGGAACUUAGUCCACUUCGAUUAAGUUCAAUCCAGGGUGAUUAUGGAUACAUCCCACCGGGAUUUGAAUCGAUGCUUCUUACUGAAUAUAAAGAAAAGGGAAUUGCCAGCACAGUGUAUAAAGACCGGGUUUACUUGCCCAAGCUACGUCUUUGGGAGUACGACAAACUCAUUACUGAUUUCGUGACUCAAGGCGAUAGCAAUAAUGGUGAUAGUGCUAAGAUGCAAGAAGUUAAAGAAGGUGAUGUCAAAAUCAAGACUUUUAAUCUAACCAAUGAAGAAUAUGUCGAUUACUUGUACCGAAAUGCAUCCAUGAUGCGCGAAUUUAUUGCUACUCAUGAAGUUACAUCUUUACACAAUUUGGAGAUACAAACGAUAUUGGAUAAAUCAUCAACCAAGGAUCUAUUUGUUGAUCAUGAAACCGAGGUGUUGAAACAGGAUGCACUUCGAGCCAAUUUACAAUUGGAUUACUUUGUAUAUCAACUGAGAAACACUGAAGGGUUCGAUUUUGAUAUAGAGAUGCAGAGAUUACGCGCAAAGAUCAAAGAUCUUGAGGAUGCUUGGAAGGAGAAACAACAGGGAUAA